AGGCCAAGCCAAACGGCAAUUCCCACCGCUGCAAGAGUCAUUGCCAGUCCAGACAAAGGCGCGCCUCCUUUUGUCAAUCUGAGAGAUGGCCCAGGCUGAUAGGCAGCAGGCGAUGCUCAGGUGAAUGGGGAUGGCUGACAGGGUGGAUCCGGUUAGAGUGACCCUCCCUGCAUUUGUUAGCAUCCCCGCCUUCCAGGUCGGGAUUCUUGCAGCGACCGCAUCGAUCAAAGGUUGCUCAUCAGCACGGCACAGACGUCACCGAGACGAUGACCAAGCUUGGAGUGAGACCCUCGCGGCCGCCACCCAAGCGGUGGUUCCCGGGCCUCGCUGGGUGGUUCCGGCGCCUCGCGCGGCUGUGGCGCCUAUUCUUGGCUCUAAUAACUCGACGAGAAUUGCCCGGCUGCUCUGAGGAUCGUAAGCUUGUCAAGGAUUGUCUCGACCACUACAACCGUCAGCAUCCGGGCAAUGAGUAUGAGCCUGUUUUUGGCAUCGUGACCCACAAUCCCCAUAUGCACAAUGGCAUUUGCUGGAUCCAUGGGAACUUUGUGGCUCGGAAGAAGGGCUCUGGUGUCUUCUCGUUCCUUACUGCUCCACGGGCUGUCUUCUUCUUCGAGCUUGCUUACAUGCAUGGUUUCAAAGGAGUUGUCACAUGCACCACCGUAGAGGAACCAGCCUACAGUGUCUUGGGUUACCCUCUUUGGCGGGCUACACGUACUAGUGGCAUAGAUAUUGCUUGCAUUCCUAUGUUUUCUUGUAGUGGAUUCCUUCUGCAAGACAUGCUACUGUCGAUUUGGUAUUCCACGUCCUGGCGUACAGAAGAUAUCUGCUUGUGGACAUAACAAUGUGGCGGAAGUCUGUGAAAUGUGCUAUUGUCGCUCCCAUACGCUGCAUCCGGACCCUGGACAAUUUGCGUUUGGCUAUCACCAUCCUUACCACCCCUACCCUAAGCACUAAUAUUACUGAUCGCAGUGGGGCUGUUUGUUUUGAAAUUAUUGUUAACUGUUACAGGCAUGGACUUGGUCUUACUCUCAACCAUCUCCAUCCGUCCAUGUUGGUCUUUUCUUUUUCUUUUCUAGCCUGAAACUUUGUCUAGAAGCUUUAAAUUUUUGUCUAGAAGCCAGAUUUUCUUUUUAUCUGAUCUUCACCACUGGUAACCAGAGUUUUCCGUACUUUGUCUUGUCUAUUUGUUUUGACUUCUGAAUGAGGCCAAUUCUAUCUCUUUUUUUUUCUUUUUCUUUUACACAAGAUGAGGCCAAUUCUGCACUUCUGAACAGCAGUUUCACAUGUGUUGAAAAAGAUCUCCGCCAAUUGUUUCUGAAAAGCAUCUGUUUUUGAAAAAUCUCCUGCCAAUUAUUCGCGUGCAAGAGAACUAAAGGGAAAGCAUUAUAUACUUGUAUACGUGACAAAGAAACAAAUUUUAAAAUAAAAGAAAUGUAUGGUGAAAAUUUGACAGCUGACCUAGAACAACUAACAACAGGUGUCCAACUUGCUAGCAAAAGUCUUUUGGCUUUGCACGUACCACGAGCAUAUAUUAUAUUACAUCCAAAGACUAUGCUUCCUUUGGUGAGCCUUAGGACAUCAUUCUACCCUAAUGAUGUGAAUUAGGCCAACAUUAUUCUGUUAAAAGUUGCAUCUCAUCAUGAGAUGGCAUGGGAUCACAUUACCAGGCCGAACCUUCAGCUUGAUAUGGCAUCUGCAGCUUCAGUGUAACAACCAAUCAUUGACCAGCUUUCUAUCUGCAUACUCCAUUUGGAGUAUCCACAAGCUUUUUACAGAUGAUAAAGCCCAGCACCACAAGAGAGCCUGCAUCAUUACAAGAUCAUCUCCCAAAGAUUUCAACU